AUGACAUCUCAAGGUAACAAUCACGGAUGGAGACGACUGACUGGAAAAGUUGCUGUAAUUACAGCUGCAACUGCUGGGUAAGGGUUUGUUUUUAAUUGAGAUAUGAAUUUUAGAUGGCUUGAGGUAUAAUCAGGGUUUCUUAAGCUAAACCUAAGCUGAACCUAAGCUAAGCCUAAACUAAGUUAAGUUUAAGUUACGCUUCAGCUAAGCCGAUUUUAAAUCAUUUUCAGCAUUGGCCUGGCCAUAGCCGAGAGAUUCCUAAAAGAAGGUGCCAAAGUUGUGAUAUCCUCUAGAAACCAACAGAACGUUGAUCAAGCCAUAUCAAGCCUAAUAAAAAAUGGCGCAAAUGCAGCACACAUAGCCGGAAAAAGUUAA